UUUUUGUUCAUUAAUUUUGUGUAGUAUAUUAGGAAAGCUUAAACCCCAAACACAACCCUGGUGGCUGAUAGCCUUCAAAGUUCGAACUCAAAACGAGAGAGAGAAAUGAAGUUCAGGAGUCUGAUUCCGUCGGGUUCGUGGCUGGUGAGGAAGCUUUGCACCGAGACCGCCGAGAAUGCGAUGGCUCCAGCGGUGAGGGCGGCGGCGGCUCGAAACAGAAACAUUCUGUAUUCGAGGCUGUCGGCUUUAGGAGCGACGGGAGGGACGGUGGCGGAGGCGUUAAACGGUUACAUAAUGGAAGGGAAGAAGAUUAGGAAAGAUGAGCUGAGCCGCUGUGUCAAAGAGAUGCGCAAGUACCGUCGUUACCAGCACUCCCUUGAUAUUAUGGAUUGGAUGGAGAAGAGGAAUAUGCAUUUCUCGCAUGUUGAUCAUGCUGUACGUUUGGAUCUUAUUGCAAAAACCAAAGGACUUGGGGCUGCUGAGGAUUACUUAAGCGCCCUUCCUCCAAAUGCCAAGAACAAAUUUACUUAUGGCUCUCUCUUGAAUUGCUAUUGCAAUAAUCUUAUGGAGGACAAGGCAUUGGCCCUUUUUAAGAAAAUGGAUGAAUUGAAGUUCAUUGAUAAUUGUUUACCUUUCAACAAUCUCAUGUGCUUGUAUAUGAGAUUGGGGCGACCUCAGAAGGUGCCCCAACUUGUCGAUGAAAUGAAGCGCUGUGACAUUCCCCGGGGUAGCUUCACGUACAUUCUUUGGAUGCAGAGCUAUGCAGAGUUAAAUGACAUUGAGGGAGCGGAGAAUGUUUUGAUGGAGUUGUCAAAUGAUAGUGAAGAUAAGUGUACUUGGAGAACAUAUAGUAAUCUGGCUGCAAUGUAUGUCAAGGCUGGUCAGUUUGAGAAAGCUGAGGCAUGUCUUAAGAAGUUAGAGAAAGAUAAUAUGCCUCGUCAGCGCGAGGCUUACCAUUAUCUGAUUAGCUUGUAUGCCGGUACUUCGAAUCGAGAUGAGGUUUAUCGGCUAUGGGAAGAUCUGAAACAGCGUUAUCCUACUGUUAACAAUGCAAGCUAUCUUAUUAUGGUUCAGGCACUUGCUAAUCUAAAGGAUUUCAAGGGUUUGAAGAAAUGUUUUGAGGAGUGGGACACUAGUUGCUCUUCGUAUGAUAGGAGGUUGGUAACUAGUACCAUCCGUGGUUUUCUAUUGGGUGACAUGCUCGAGGAAGCCGAAGUCGUUUUGGAUAAUGCUAUGAAGAGAAGUAAAGGUCCUUAUACUAAGGCUCAAGAGUAUUUCAUGGUUUACUUCUUAAGGAAAUAUCGCUUUGACAUGGCUUUGAAGCAUAUGGAAGCAGUGGUUUCUGAGGUCAAGGACUGGAGCCCUGUUAAUCCCGAAACCACGACUGCUUUUUUCGAUUAUUUCAUGAGUGAGGGUGAUGUUAAGGCUGCCGAGGAGUUCUGCAAGCAUCUAAAGAAUAACAAUUGUCUUGAUUCCGAGGUGUACCAUCAGUUGCUAAGACUUUAUGUUGCUGCUGGUAAGGUGGCUCCAGACAUGCGCCGAAGGUUGGAGGAUGAUGGGAUUGAAAUCAGCAAAGAGCUCGAGGAUUUGCUUGUAAAGGUUUGCCCAGAGUAAUGUUGUAUUCUGAAGCUGUUAACAACCUAUAUUCAUUUAGGAUAAUCGUGAGUCUAUUCCAUGAUCUCUGGUGGCUAGUUUCGGUCUAGUUUUUUUUUUUGCGAGCUGUGAUAUUCCAGUUGGUUCAAUGACGUUCCAAAGUACCUCAUUUAUAGAGAUGUAGAACUUGCUAUGAAAAUGAACAUUAGGAAAAAGGGACAUCAAUGAUGUAGCGAAUUUGGAUCAUUCUUAAAAAUUACAAGGUCUUGUCAGUGAUAUGUAAGUUGCAUCUCAUCCAUCCACUUUUAUAUUAUGUACUAAAUGCUAUGUUCUUUCUUUAGCCAAUCAAACAGAUUAAUUCUGAGGACCUUGAGUAAUACAUUUAAAAAUUAAA